AUGCUGCUUCUUUACAACUUUGAUGUUGAUGAGAAAGAUAAGUACGGAAACACUGCCUUCAACAAAAUCACGGACAAGACCACUAUACCGGUUUUAGAAACUCUCAAAACCUGGGGCGCAUCGAUUGAUAUAGCGAAUGAGGAAGGGGAGGUACCUCUUUGCAACGCCAUCAGAUUCUCCAACGAACCUGUUUCUAACUGGCUUGUCAAGCAAGGUGCAAACGUCAAUAUCAGUAUCGGCAAGCAAGAAUCGAUUCUUCACAUAGCAUGUUCUGAGGGAAGUCUCGAGAUGGUGAAGCUGUUGCGCAAGAACAAUGCGACCCUUUCCUCAGUCAACCAUGACAAUAGCACUCCACUGCAUAUAGCUCUGCUUCGCUCCGAUGAAGGAAAAGAGGCGAUCGUCUACUACCUGCUUAGCAUGAAGGGGUUGGAUGUCAACCACAGCAGCGAAGCUUGGGGGAGCUGUUUGAGUAUAGCCUGCCUUAACACCGGCAUCAACGUGGUUGAAGCUUUGUUGAAGAGAAACGCGAUUGUGGAUUCAAAAGACAAGAUGGGGAGAGUGCCAAUGCACUUUGCACUUUACCGAACCACUACUUAUAUCAAUACUCUCCUUCAAGCAAACGCCAGUCUCGAGACUAUCGAUCUCAUGGGACGAAACGCACUACACUUUGCAGUAGUCAGCGGACGACUCGAUGUCGUGACUCUUGUUCUGAACAAGCACCCAGACUACAUUCACCAGACAGAUAUUGACGGUUGGUCACCUCUUAUGUGGGCUGUAAGGAUCUGCGGAAAAUGGGAUACGCGAGAAGAUGAGCGUACGAAGAUCAUUUCAGAACUAAUUGCACGAGGCGCCAACCCGCAUAUUUCUGGCGAAGGACUUGAUCGAAAAUGGACGGCAUGCGAUCUUGCUUAUUAUUAUGGUCACGGCCGAGACGUGAUCGAUCUUCUGGAGCCCCAAGAUGAAAUGCUUGAGCACGGAGAGCUACAAGACAAGGACAUUGACAAUCAGAGAGCAGCAAAAAUUAUCAAAGACAAUUACUGCGACGCAUGCUUGCUGAACAAUUAUGGAUUCAGGUUUCAAUGCGAUGUGUGCGAGGAUUUUGAUCUCUGUUUCAAGUGCUAUCGCUCGCAGAACACUAUUCACCCCAAGCAUAGCUUUACUAAUCCCAGCGGCCGUUGUGUGUGUGCAGAAGACUCUUCAUCAGAUGGAAGCUCAUCAGAUUCGGGCAGUACAGAAGAGGAGACAAGCAGCGAGGAAGAGGGCAAUGGAUCCGGAGGUGGAUCUGGGGAAGAGUCUGAUGAUGGUUCUGAUGCUGAAUCACAAAAUGAUUCGUGCUGA